AUGUACGGCAACAAAGGACCUCCGCGGAAGUAUAGCACCCCUCGCGGAGUUGACGAAACCUCGAAUGCGAAGAAAACGUGCCAAAAGUGUGGUUCUAAAGCGCAUUGGACAUUUGAGUGCAAAGGCGUAACGCCAUCACGUGGGGCCGCGACGACGCGACUCAGUAGAACUCAACAGCUGCGAUGGGGCAUUAAACAGCAGCGACAGGAGUUUGUGCCGGAACCAACAGAGUGGGAGGCGUAUAAAGAGCGUGUGAAGGGCGUGGAGCGGCAGUUGGUCGCAGAAGCCCGCGCGGAGGUUAGCCAAAAGAAACAGCGGUUGGAAGACAGGACCGGUGUGAAGAGGGAAAGUGAAGAGCAGAGCGAUAUGAAGGUCAUUAUUAAAGAGGAGGACAACACACAUAAUGCGAAGAAAACGUUUAAAACUGAGGAGUGA